UAUGGUAAAUAGGCCAGCUUCGGUGUUAACAGUAUUUUGUUUUCUCCUCUGUCUCUUGUACGUCUUUUAUUGGAAAAUUGGAGAGCCGAAUAACGAUAGUAUUGAAUCUAUAAUCGAUUUAUCAUACAAGAACCCUCAUAAAUUCCGAAACCCUUCUCCAAAACUUGCCGAAGGUAGGCAGGCACCUGAUGAAAGUGAUUAUGAGGAUAUAAAAAAUCAGUUAAUAGAUCUUUUUGACGAUGAUCUAUUCAAUUUUUCUGCUCCAUUACGUUCUUUAAAACGUAAACGAACUAUCAGUCGCCAAGUAGUCGCGUUAGAAAAUUUUCUAGAGGCUUAUCACCAUAAUAUUACAUCAACAAGAGAAAAAUUACUUAAAUGGAUGGAGGAUCCAAAAUUUCGAGAUUUAGAACCAAUUGAUAACGUUGCUGACGCAUAUAAAGACGAUUUUUUUGAUAGAGUCAUGAAAUUAGACUCUGUGAGUACUAUUGUUCUUUGGGGUGAAAGCUUGGAAGAAAUGAAAAAGAUAGUGCCGGAUCAACAUUUUCCUUACACGUCGUCCGACUGUAGAGGUUUGGAAAAUCAUGCUAUAUAUGGUAACAGCGAUGGUAAACGAUUCUAUAAUGUAAGUUGUUCUGAUAAAUUAGCUGAUCUGUGGAAACCAGCGCACCUGGAUAUAGUACGAUUUGGAAUGGGUUUACCAUUAAAUGGAAUGGAUACUUUAAGAAAAAUAUGGAAUAAACCUAAAGCAAUACCUGCAACUUAUAUAUUGAUAGUAAAAGAUGGUGUUUCAAAUAGUGAAGGUGACGUUUGGGUCGAAUCAACAAAAAUUGUUAUUCAACGCUGCUAUCAAGAUCUGCGUCCAAUAUUUCCCAGGCACCUCAAUAUCACAGUAAAUUAUAAGGAGAUAUUUGUAAUGACCCAAUAUUUUGGAGGUUCUUUCUUUCAUUUUAACGUGGAGGGUUUACCCAGACUUACACCUCAUCUUAAAUGGUUAGAACAGAAUCCUCAUAUACCUAUUUUAAUCUCCAAACCAAAAUAUAAAAAUGCUUUUGAUGGAUUUAUAAAAGUUAUUGGACUCCCUCGUGAAAGAUUUGUGUUCGAUAAAAUUGUUAGAGCUAAGGUUUUAUAUAUGCCUGCUGGCGGAAUUUGUGGAAGAUCCGCUGUUUUCGGGUCUGUAGCAACUUCUAUUUAUUUGAGAUCCCGCUUAAAUGCUCCAGAAAUAGGGAAACAACCAGAUUCUGUUGUUAUUAUUAAGAGAUCAUCUCGUGGUCGUCUUUGGAUGAAUCAUGAUGAAAUUUAUAAUCAAGUGAAAGCCGAAGCGGAUAAAAGAAGCUUCAAAACAGUUAUUUUUGGUGAUAAACCUUCGCCAACUUUCGAAGAAGGUAUGAAAAUGUUCGCUCGGGCAGUGAUGAUUAUUGGUCCACAUGGAGCAGGAUUGUCAAAUAUUCUCUGGUCAAGUCCUGGAACUGUAAUAAUAGAAGGCAUGUGUGAUAUAGUGCCUCGAAAAGUUAAUCUGUGUUAUAGAAAUUUAGCUCAACUACUCGGUAUGAGGUGGUAUGGCAUUUAUCCAGGGUGUGUGCACACUAGAGCAUUUCAGGUAAUUCCAGUUGUGUCAUACAAUUUAGAUCAAUAUCUUAAAUCAAUCCGAAAAGGAAUAUAA